AAUUCCUUGACACGUAAUCUUGUAGAUGUUUUGUGAAAGAUAACCUAUUUCCUGAGCUGAAAAACAAAAAUAAAAAAUAACAUCUUCAGGUUCAAAAAUUAAACAUGAUCCACAGUUUGUUCAUAAUUAAUUCACAAGGGGACGUCUUUUUAGAAAAACACUGGAGAAGUGUGAUAUCAAGAUCAGUAUGUGAUUACUUUUUAGAGGCGCAAAGAACAAAUGGGAAUGACAUAAACCCUGUUAUUGCUACCCCCCAUCAUUACCUUAUAUCAAUACAGAGAGGGGGUGUGUACUUUGUAGCUGUUUGUAUGGAAGAGAUACCUCCUCUGUUUGUUAUUGAAUUCCUACACAGGAUUGUUGAUACAUUUCAAGACUAUUUCUCAGACUGCACCGAAUCAAUUAUUAAAGAAAAUUAUGUAGUUGUGUAUGAGCUUUUAGAUGAAAUGCUGGACAAUGGUUUUCCAUUAGCUACAGAAAGCAAUGUUUUAAAAGAGUUAAUAAAACCACCAAAUAUCCUUAGAACGAUUGCCAACACUGUCACAGGAAAAACUAAUGUCAGUGAUAUACUUCCUACUGGACAGCUAUCAAACAUUCCUUGGAGAAGGGCUGGUGUAAAAUAUACAAACAAUGAGGCAUAUUUUGAUGUGAUAGAGGAAGUGGAUGCAAUCAUUGAUAAAUCUGGUGCCACUGUUUUUGCUGAAAUUCAGGGAUAUAUCGACUGCUGCAUCAAAUUAAGUGGAAUGCCUGACUUGACUCUCUCGUUUGUGAAUCCCAGGUUAUUUGAUGAUGUCAGUUUCCAUCCAUGUGUUCGAUUCAAACGAUGGGAGUCGGAAAGGGUUCUUUCCUUCAUUCCACCGGAUGGUAAUUUCCGGUUGAUAUCAUACCACUUGAAUAGUCAGAGUGUCGUCGCCAUACCCAUCUACGUGCGACACAAUUUAUCUAUUAAAACUGGAGAACAAGGAAGGUUAGACUUGACUGUAGGACCUAAGCAGACUUUGGGAAGGACAGUUGAAGGUGUGCAAUUGGAGGUUCUUAUGCCGAAAUGUAUAUUGAAUUGCGUUUUGACUGCCAACCAGGGAAAAUAUAAUUUCGAUACAGUAUCUAAAAUUUUACAUUGGGACAUCGGUAAAAUAGAUAUUACAAAACUUCCUAAUAUUAAAGGAUCAGUGACUAUUGCAAGCGGAUCGAACACGGCUGAAAUAAACCCGUCCAUAAAUGUUCACUUCACUAUCAACCAACUGGCUGUCAGCGGUCUCAAAGUCAACAGACUGGACAUGUAUGGCGAGAAGUAUAAACCAUUCAAGGGAGUCAAGUAUAUUACUAAAGCGGGCAGAUUCCAAAUUCGGAUGUGAAAUGAGGCGCGACGGUCACCAAAUCGAGCUUAAUGUCUUUUUUUUGUUAAUUUUCUGAUGGAUUUUUUUUGAUAUGAUUUCUACGUAGAAUGAUUUAUAGACCAAGGAAAGAAUGAGUUUACAUAUUCUCAAACUAGCGCACCUUUACGACACGGUGCGGCGCUUAGUAUAGGGUGGACCAUAGUAAAAUUCACUUUUGUUUUUUAACAAAACCGCGAAACGAGAGCGAUACCGUUCGAUUGUAUGAUUCACGCAUUUUUAGUAGCCAUGAGUCAACAGCGCGCCUUCGUAGUGCAGCGCGUUCUUUGAGAAUAAUCGUUCUUGUCACUGUGCGACGUUCAAUUCGAGUCAAAUAUGGAUUGCGGCGUCUUUAAUGAAGCACUGGUUGAGGAGGUUUCAAGAAAUCGGUUCGAUAUUGCCAACAAGACAAACGGAUCAAAGAAUAGAGGAAGUAAGUGAAUCUGUUCCAGUUGAUCCAGAGCUCUCAACUCGUAGACGUUCAGCGACUAUGAGUGUUGCUCGUACGAGUUUGAGGCGGAUGUUGAAGCGAGACUUGAAACUUCAUCCAUUUAAGAUUCAAAUCGUCCAAGAAUUAAAGGACACAGUCCAAACAUUCCAAACAUAACGCAGGCAUAUUCGGACACUCCUUACAAAAAGUGGAAACCAGUUUGGCCUUUUUUGCUGCUAUUUUUUACUCUUUGUCAUAACAUCCGACGCAUCGUUUUCUCUUCUUGCAAUUGUCUUUCGUUCUUUCACUAAUCGUAAUCAGUAGGUGUUUGACUUUAUUAUUAUUUUUUUCUUUGUCUAAAAUAUCCCCAAGCAACCCCAUCACAAGUGCCUCUCUGAACUCUGAGACUUGAAUUUGCUUUUUGUUUGUUAGUUGAUAUAAGAUGAGAGCAUUGAUAACUGAAGUACCAAAAAGAUAUUCAAAUGCAACCUUAUGGUACCAUCUUAGAGAUCGACGGAGAACCGUAAAAUAAGAAGCCAAUUGAUCUGAUAAAUCAAUGCCCAUCUUGAACUUGUUGUAAAACACAAUAGCUUCUGGUUUAUGAAUGGAUUCACCUUUACGAUUUUUUUUGUUGGUAUCUACGAUGUUUAAUGUAUGCGUGGUGCCGAUAAAUCUAACAGAUCUCUUGUCUUUAAAGUUCUCUCUUCUAAAUAUGGAAACAUGUAUUACUGACCUGUUUGUAAUGUCUAUAUCCUCAAAAUGAAUUACCUUCUAAUUCCAGCUCAGGGUACCAUCGAAGCAAUUUCUCUUCUUCUUUAGCAUCCAUAUUUCACAAAAAAACUGAAUCGGCUUGCUUUCACUACUAAACAGCCCAAAACAACUGAACAAACGACCUUACAACACGUGGGAACAUAUUAGAGACUACAUAUGUACCGUAUGCAUCACCCGUGAUCAAACCGAUAAAACAGGCUGCUAGUAAUUUGAGAAGCAUAUGUGAGCAGAACAGUGCACUCUCUUGAGCGGAGGGUGUAUUUAAACAUAGUAAGAUGCUUGGCGCAGAACAGAAUUAUACACACAUUUAUGAUGGUGUACAAACUAUUAUAUAUCGUGUAUCACCAGAGAUUCAUAUGGGAGCCAACGUGUUUUUAGAACAUUAUGUUUUCAUUUACAUUGUUUUCAAAAGUGAAUUUUAUUAUGGCUCGCACACAUUUUUGUAAUAUGUUCAUAUCUACAAUACCCCGCCUAUCAGCGUUAUAGUUCGGAAAUUUUAGACAUUCUUAAAGCUCGGAAUAUAUUCAAAAAUAUUUAUUUUGUGUGCAAAAAAUGGACAGCGUUAUUCAGUAUGAUCCAAUAUUGGAUGAAACGAUCGUCAUGAAUCCGAAAAUGACACGUUUUAGACGAUCCGCUAGGACGCACUUACUUCUGUAAUAUGGUCAUACCUAUAAUACCCCGCCUAACAUAACAGCGUUAUAGCUCGGUGAUUUUAGACAUUCUUAAAGUUCGGGAUAUAUUCAAAAUGUUAAUAUUUUGUGUCAAAAAAAGGUAGGCAUAGCAUCUUAAAUACGUUUUACUUCGCACGCCAGUGGCGCGAAAACUUUUAUGUUAUGUUUUUUAGAUCUUAUAUGACAUCUACAUCACGAAAAACUGUAUCACUCAAUUCCGUAUUUGAAUUCGAAUCACCAAACUUCAGGACCUAUUCAGAGAUAUAGAAAAUUGUACCGAUCAAAAUAUAAGGGUGACAACAAAAAUUACCAUAUUGUGAAUAAUAAAAGUGAUGCUUAUACUACAAAAUACACUUCUACUAUGUUCGGUGAAAUGAAACCUAAUAUAUAAACAAAUUAAAUUCACUCAUAAUGAAAAUUUGUACCCUGCCAUUAACGAUUGAGCUACCGGUAAUUGAGAUGUCCAGUUGAGCCCGAUGUGAAUACUGAUGUCUCACAACACUGUAGGAAAGGUCUUUCUCUAUGCAUCGAGAGAAAAGACGGUUUUUCUCAUUUCAAAAUUUUCUAGGACAUGAAUCACAAUUUUGAAAACGAAACUUGAAAGAAUGCACCAAGAUGCAUAUCGUCGGUCUUCGCACGUACCGGCUUAAUAAUUAAAAUUUUACAGGAGAGAUAGAAAACGAAAAUAAGCAAUAAAUAAGAUUGAAAAUGAAAUACUGUUUUUUUAGUCUGCACGUUGCUGUUUUUUGUUGGACUAAAAUUAUGUAGAACUUUGUUUUGGGAUGGUACGUGAAAAUUGUUUUCGGAAUUUUAUCACUUACGCAAUUUUUUAAGAAUUGUCUUUCCAAGUAGCGAACGUCACUUCGAGAGGUGAGAGACUACAAAAAAAAAGUAAAAUUACGGCGUUACUCGAUUUUAGAUUUUUUUGACAUUUACGCCUGUACGUGCGGACACUGACGAUAUGUGCAUUGAGUUUUUGAGUUAGCGAAGCUGCGAUAUCCUACUCCUACCAUUGAAAGUCUAAUUUUGGAAAAAUAGGCGAAAGUACGGCUUUUCAGAUUUUCGAAAAUUUCACAAGAAAUCGUCAUUUUAACAACCUAACUAAAAAUUAAAAGCGUCAAAAAUUGAAGAAAACCAGCGUAAAUGCGAUUUUUCAUAUUUUCGCAAUUUUUAGGGCACCAAAUAAAAAUUCAGAUUUUGGAACCCUUUGAAAAAUAUAGGUGAACAUGCAUUUUUGGCGAUUUUCUCAUUAGUCUCAUUACCUAAACAAAAUUCUAUUUUUUUCUCGAACCUGAAACUUCUACAAAUCUAUAAAAAAUCACGGUUAUGUGAGCAAAAUUGUACACGCAAAAACUUAUUUUCGAAAAAAACACGAUUUUAAGGUAGGGGCCCUAGGGCAUCUAUCCAGAUUUGGAUUUUCUUGGGAGUAAUAUUCAUAUAUGUAGUUUCGCCGAAAGCCUUUACGCGAUUGGGCCUUCAUCGCAAUUAAAAAAAAACUUUUAUGAAUUUCUAGUUUCCUGUCUUUUAUUUUUCGUAGCCAGAUACAUUCUACAGAAUUUGUUUUUGUGGUGUCUAUGUUGGAAACUGAACUAAUUCACCUUUAGGAGUACAAUAACAGCAGGGGUGUUCCUUUGAAUAGUCUGAGUUCUUAUAAAACCGUUUGCCUCAUACAAUGAGUUUUUAAAAGUUUGCAUAAACUCUCUAGAUUGUCUAUUUCAAUUGAAUUAUUGAAGAAGAUGGGUUAUUUAUCAAAAUAAGCACGAUAGUGCUUGGCAAGUUUGAAUAUUUACUUUUAUUAUAGUUUUUGUAUAUUUUGUAUUCGUUAUCU